UAAGUUUCUUUUAGUUAUUGCAAUCGCAUUUAAGUAUGUCGGAUAGUGAUUUGGAUUUGGACGAUGAUGAGGAACAGGAUGAGGAUCAGGAGCAAUUUCAACUUGCCACCGCGCAUGUGAUGACCAAAGCGAAUGUUUAUGAUGCUGCAGAUUUGCUGCAACUCUAUGGCUUCUACAAACAGGCAACAGAGGGCGCUUGCCGCACGCCACGCCCCAAUGUGCUGCAAAUGAAGGCGCGCAGCAAGUGGAAUGCGUGGCAUGAGCUGGGCGAGAUGUCACAAGCGGAUGCACAGCGUGCCUAUGUUGAUAAACUCAACAAACUCGAUCCUCAAUGGUUGGACAAGAAGAGAAGUGGAGCAGGUGGAGCAGGAGACGGUGGCAGAUUGCGAGGUUGGGUGGUGCAUUCAAUUGAAUCGGUGCCCGUGGAGGAGCAAUCAACGCCGGAGCACCUAAAGACCAUAUUCGAUCAUGUCAAGGAGAACAAUUUACAGCGUCUGCGUGAACAACUAAAACCCAGCGAUCUAACGCCUCUGGAUGAACAGGGCAUGGCCUUGUUGCAUUGGGCAACCGAUCGCAAUGCCAUCGAGAUAAUAGAGUAUCUGAUCAAGUGCGGGGCGAAUGUGAAUCAGUUGGAUGCGGAGCAACAGACACCAUUGCAUUAUGCAGCAAGUUGUGGACACGUUGAGGCAUUGCGGUAUCUGUUGCAACUGAAGGCGGAUGUGCAACUGCGCGAUGCCGAUGGACAGACGUGCCUCGAUGUCGCCGAUGAUGAGCAGAUUUGUGCCAUGCUGCAAGCCGAGCUGCAGUUGCGCAACAUUACAACAUAAGAUACAAUUACAUAAAUAACUAGUAUCCUUUCUCUUUGUUUUUUCAAAUUAUAUAUUUUGUGAAAUUAAA